AUGGCACAGAUUCACGGCCACUGCGACCCCCAAUUCGAGGCGCUCAAAGCCCUCUUCCAGAAGAACCUCGACUCAAAAGCAGAGAUUGGCGCCUCCAUCACGGUAAACCUAGGCGGCAAAAACGUCGUCGACCUAUACGGCGGCUUCACCGACGAAGCGUGUACCCGGCCCUGGGAAGCCGACACCAUUGUCGGCGUGUGGUCGUCUACAAAGGGCGUGACGAGCCUUGCCCUCCUGAUGCUCAUCGAUCGCGGCCUGGUCGAUCCUUAUGAGAAAGUUGCCAAGUACUGGCCCGAGUUUGCGGCGAACGGCAAGGAGGAUAUUGAGAUUCGGCACCUGCUGUCGCAUACCUCGGGGCUUUCUGCGUGGGAAGACAGAAUCACCCUGGAAGAAAUGUGCAAUCAGGAUUUUGCGGCGAGUAAGCUUGCUGCUCAGGCGCCCUUGUGGAAGCCCGGCAGCGCGUCUGCAUAUCAUGUUUUUACUUUUGGCGUCCUCAUCACGGAGGUCAUACGCCGCGUCACGGGAAAGUCCCUGAAGGAGUUUGUCGCAGAGGAGAUUGCCGGCCCCUUGGGCGCGGAUUUCCAGAUUGGACUAAAGAACGAGGAUAUCACGAGGACGAGCGAUGUGAUUCCGCAAAAGGAUGAGCCGUCGCCGGCGAGGGGAUUGCCCGAGGAGGGAUCCGUGGCGUUCAAGUCGAUGAUGCAUCCGGGCUUGGACACGGGCAUGCUGCAGAGGGAGGAGAUUCGGAGGGCGGAUCUGGGGUCGCUGAACGGGUUUACGAAUGCGAGGGGGAUGAAUCGGAUCUUUUCCGUGUUGGCGCUGGGCGGAGAGGUUGAUGGGGUGCGGCUGUUGUCGCAGAAGACGAUUGAGCUUGUCUUUGAGGAGAUGGCGGAUGGGAUCGAUCUGGCGACGGGGAUGCCGGUGAGCUGGGGGGUUGGGUAUGCGCUUGGGGGAAGAGGGUUUGUGGACUUUAUGCCGACGGGGAGGAUUGGCGUGUGGGGAGGCUGGGGGGGUUCGCUGUUUGUGUUUGAUGCGGAUAGGGGGCUGACUUUUACGUAUGCGAUGAACCAGAUGUCACAUCGGAUCAUGGCGGAGGGGAGGGAGGGCCAGUAUGUGAGGGCUGUGUAUGAGUCGUUGGGGGUGGAGGUGUGA